UUUUAUUCGAAGUAUACACAACACGAACUUUGGAAAAUUAUUCCCAUCAAAAUUUUCGGAAAAUAUAUCCAAAUAAAAAUUUAAAAUGCCAAAAUCGACUAAAAAGCGUAAAUUUGUAGCAGUUUUCACAAAAAAUGUUAAAGACAUUCUGAACAGAGUCACUGCAGCAAACUCUGAUGAUGAUUUCGAUGCACCGACCAUUAUAGCAACUGCAGCAUACUUAGAAAAUUGCCUGAAUGAGUUCCCGGUCAAAUCUUUUGAAACCGACCUCCCCACACCAAAAGAAAUAAUAAUAGACGUGCCUAGUCCUACAAAAGAAGAAACAAUAGAAAAUGCAGCUACAGCAGAUCAAGUCGUAAUACCAAAAGAUGUCCAGGUUGAGUUAAAGGAGCAGAAAGCAUGUGUUUCACAUCAAAUGGAUGAAGUCGUUAUUGCACCAAAAAGCAAUAAGAAAAUUGAACAAAAAACUUCUGCGGCUUAUGAAUUUCUUAAAGAAGAUCUGAAAGAAGAAGAUGACCGAAUUUUAGAAAAAUUUGAGUGUCAAAAGAAUGAUGAUAUGAUCGGUACGAUAAACACGGAAGUUUCAAUAAGUCAAGUGAAUAAUGAAGCUGCUGCAGUCAUUAGCUUAAACAAAGUCGAAGAAAAUACAACUAACUCCUCAUCCAAUGAGGAACAAGUUAAUCCUCAGAAAGUGUUAGAAGCCUGUGCCGUUAGUAAAAAAACUAAUAGUAAUACAAAUUGUCUUUGCUUAGUUGACAGCAAAAAUCAACAAACUGAUCAAAUGACUUCAACAGAACAAGUUACAACUUCCGAUAGCCAUGUUAAUGAUGAUAAAGUGCAAAAAGACAGUCUAGUGAAAAUACCUACAUUAGUAGCUUCAGUCACCGAGUUAAAUAGAGUUGAAGACCACAUAACAAAUUGCCAGUCCUGUGAAAAACAUAUAAAUGAUCAGAAAGAACUAAAAGAAUGCAAUACCAACGAAACAAAAAGCACUUCAUCUGAUACUCCUAAAGGUGACAAACCCGAGAAUGAACAAAGUGUUCAAACAAUCUUCGCGAAUGAAUUCACAGAUUUGGAAAAUAUGGUGGAUGAUAGUAGGUUACAAACGGGACGUAUUGUUAAAAUACCAGCGCUAGAGGAUUUAGUCACUAAAAAACAAGUAACUUCAGCAGAGAAACCUGCUAUCUCUGACGAAUUGGUAAGUAAUAUUGAGAUGCAAACCAGUACUCUUGCUGAACAACCAGUUACAGUUAUUAAAUCGGACAAUGACGAAAAUCACGCAACUAAGUGCACUGCUCAGGAAAAUCAAAUAGCAGAUCAAACAAUAUUAGAACAAUCUGUAACAGAUGAAAAGCAUAAUAAUUCAGCUGAUUCUCUUCAUACAGAUGAAAUCAAAAAUCUGGAAAGCGAGGCACCAACCCAAACAACGGAAGAACCGAGUUCCUCAAAAUUAGUAGUAGACACAACUGAGCAAAACGUGAAUAUUGUAAAAAAACUGUCGUUAGAAGCAUUAGUUGUAAAACGUUUGAGCCGAAAACGUCGUCGCCCAUUUUCAGAUAAUACCGAUCAAGAAAUAGAACUACCUCCGGCGAAAAGAAUAUGCAGAGAUUUAAAACGUAACAAGCUAAAGCACCGAACGGACAACAAUAUAGUAUUUUAUAAUUUUAAAAUUUCAAGUUGGAAUGUCAAUGGUGUUCAUCUUUGGUCGCGAAAAGGAGGUCUUAAGUACUUAGAAAAAGAAAAACCUGAUAUCUUUUGCAUGCAGGAAGUGAACUGCUCCUUUGGUAGGAUUCCAGAUGUCGUCAAACGUGUAGAAGGUUUUCAUCAAUACUGGUUAUGUGUACCUGAUGGCAGUAAUGGAGUGGCUGUUUUCAGUCAGAAGAUGCCGAUGAAUGUUGAUUAUGGGAUACAAAUUGUUGACUUCAAUGGCCGUGUCAUUACAGCCGAGUUUGAAAAGUUCUUCGUAGUUUGCGUUGCCGUACCAAGUGCAGGCGUGAAUCUAGCAAAAUUAAGGUAUCGCUUAAGAUGGGACAGCUUAUUUCAUCAGCACGUACAAAAGUUAAACAAACGCAAGCCAGUUAUAAUAUGUGGAAACUUGAACGUUUCACACAAGGAAAUUGACCUAUCGAAACCGAAAUUGUGUGAAGAAACUCCUGGAUUUUCAAAACAGGAACGAGAAAAACUAAAUGAAUUGCUUACUUCUGGUUUUGUGGAUACUUUUCGUCACUUUAAUCCUGAUUGUAAAGAUGCAUAUACAUACUGGUCUAGAAGAGGUGAAGGACGCGAACAUAGUGUUGGUUGGCGUCUGGAUUAUUGCAUUGUAUCUGAACGCUUUAUUCCGAAAAUCAUGAAAAGCGUAAUAGAAGACAAGUACUUGGAAAGCAAUCAUUGUCCGAUAGCAGUGCUAUUCGAAUUUUAAGAUGUCUAAAAGUUAACAGUGACCAAAAUUCAACUUACUACUUAUUUUUUGGCAACAUGUUUUUUUUUUAUAUAAAAUGCAAUAAAUUUAAAAUUUUAGUGUAAUAUUAAAUGUAAAGAAAGUGGAAA